ACGUUCGCUCGAUCUCGCUCUGUCGAUAGAGUUAGGUAGUGGAAGCCAUUUUAUUCUUGUGAAUGUUACAAAAUAUUUUUCGUGAUAUCUCGAUUUAAAUCUAAUUGUGUCAAUGUGUGCCUACAACAAGUGUCUUUUGUGACGUGCAUUCGUGCUGUAAAAGUGGAUAAUGUUUGUGUUUCAAAUCGGUUUGUGCUGACCUGCCCGUUUCUCGCGGACGUAGAGCCAUCGAUUAGUGCAACGGCGAAUCGAGGCCCUGGGACAGUGAGUGGUGUGCGCCAUGGGCAACAAUGCUGCCACCGCCAACAAAAAGGUGGAUGCCGCCGAGAGCGUCAAGGAGUUUCUUGACCAGGCCAAGGAGGACUUUGAGGAGAAAUGGAAGAAGAAUCCUACCAACACCGCCGGACUGAACGACUUCGAGCGAAUAAAAACGCUCGGGACGGGCUCGUUCGGCCGAGUGAUGAUAGUCCAACAUAAACCAACAAAGGAAUAUUACGCUAUGAAAAUAUUAGAUAAGCAGAAAGUUGUUAAGUUGAAACAAGUAGAGCAUACGCUGAACGAGAAGCGUAUCUUACAAGCGAUUAAUUUUCCCUUUCUCGUAAGCCUUAAGUUUCAUUUUAAGGACAAUUCCAAUCUGUAUAUGGUUUUGGAGUACGUCCCGGGCGGUGAAAUGUUCUCGCACCUCCGCAAGGUCGGCCGCUUUUCGGAGCCUCACUCGCGGUUUUACGCCGCCCAAAUAGUCCUCGCAUUCGAGUACCUCCACUACCUGGACCUCAUUUACCGGGACCUCAAACCUGAGAAUCUGUUGAUCGACUCGCAGGGCUACCUCAAAGUCACCGAUUUCGGUUUCGCCAAACGAGUCAAGGGGCGUACGUGGACCCUGUGUGGCACCCCUGAAUACCUUGCGCCCGAGAUCAUCCUCUCCAAGGGUUACAACAAGGCAGUUGACUGGUGGGCGCUGGGCGUACUCGUCUACGAGAUGGCGGCCGGAUAUCCGCCUUUCUUCGCCGACCAGCCGAUACAAAUAUAUGAAAAAAUCGUGUCAGGUAAGGUUCGCUUCCCAUCACACUUUGGCUCCGAUCUCAAAGAUCUCCUGCGUAACCUUCUACAGGUAGAUUUGACAAAGCGAUAUGGUAAUCUGAAAGCUGGAGUGAAUGACAUUAAAGGACACAAGUGGUUUGCGAGCACUGACUGGAUCUCAGUCUUCCAAAAGAAGAUAGAAGCACCAUUCAUACCCCGCUGCAAAGGCCCUGGUGACACUAGCAACUUUGAUGACUAUGAGGAGGAGGCAUUGCGUAUCUCUUCAACGGAGAAGUGUGCAAAGGAGUUUGCUGAGUUCUGAGUGCUCCAAUGGAUUCUGCGUGUGAGUUACUAUGCGCAGGUGUCUUUUAAUAGUGAAUCUUCCAUGACUGAGUCAUGGGAAGGCGAAAGCAUCUCUUGUGGGCAGCUUUGGGUGUAUAUAGACAUUGAAGUGCCCCAAGCAGGCACGCCAAGUGUAUCAAAUUUGGAGUAUAGGUGAAAAGAUAGUAGAAUAAUUGAUCCUGGUAUUUUUGUGGCAUAUGUUUGCUUAGUGCCCUUUCAGUUGAAAUAAACCGAUGUGGAGGUGCUUAGCCCUCUCUGGUGAUAUUCUCCAAGACACAUACUGAUAGUGUUCCAGUGCCACUGAAUCUGAACCUAAUUGUCAGUACCAAGUGUUGUUUGGGUACUCCGUAGUUUGCCUUUGAUAGAUUUGGAAUGUGGUAAGCUUUAGUCUUUUUAUUUGAAUUGUUUUAUAUGCAGUUGACAAAACUUAUGUAUUAUUCAGGUUUUCUUGUUGCUUGUUUAGAUUUAUGAUUCCUCACAUCUUAUCUUCUCAAUUUUCGAUAGGGUAUUAAAAAUGCAUAACACUCAUGUUAUAUUUUUCAGUCACUAAUUUAGUCAGUUGUUGGUAGGGACAUGUUUAAGUGAAUUCGGAGAUUUAAAUCUAUAGAUUGCCUUAAUGUACAAAAAUAAAUCAUAUUAUACUUACUUCACUUUAUUUGUCAUGCUAAGUAGUUACUCUUAGUACUAAUGGUUGGUAAGUAAUUAUUUCAAGAUUCUGAUUGUCUAUGGCAUUUAAAUCUUAACAUACAUAUUUGUAAUCUGUUUCUCUUUUCAUUUUGACAGAUUUAUAAAUAAAGAAUUUUUUAAUUUUACAUUAUAAUUGCCCAGUGUCCCACACUUUUACUACCAUUGCUUAAGAUAGUAUUUUUUUAAAUGUUGACAUUCUGUGUAAGACAUGUUGGGGUAUGUCAAUAAAACUCUUAUUUAUUAAGUGUUAUACUUGGCAAAAUACAACAUGCCGAUUUGGCACACCUAAAAGCCAAAAAAAGCAAAAGUAGAAGUGUUAUGAAUUUAUAAUAAAUGAAAUGACAGUUUAUUUGACAUAGCUUGAUGUAAUUAAGAUAAGUAACAUUAUAAUUCUGAAACAAAAUGUCAACAGCAUCUAUUAACACUGCUUUAAGCAAUUGUAUUAAGUCCCCUGAUUCUAAAAGUAAAAGAUUAUUUAUUACCAAUUUGUGUCAUAAAAAUUUAUUGUAUGUCACAAAAUACAUUUCAAUGCCAUAGAGAAUCACCAGUAGUUGUUAUUUCAGCAUCAUACAGAAUUCUGGAUAGGAAUACUGAGAUAAUGGCAGAUCUGUUUAUUUGUAGAUAGAUCUUUGCUAUUUGAUUAACAUUUAAGUACUGAUGAGGUUAUUAAUCAUUAAUGUGAUAUAGACAUCUAGUUAUUGAAUUACAAAUAUUAAAACCAAAUUCUUUAUAAAUAAUUGUGUAUUCUCAUUGUUAAUGUACACUAAUCUGUAUAAUUUAAAAAAUAAAACAUUUAAAGAAUUGCUGUUCUAUUUUACUGUCAGAAAUCCUAAAGGAGCAGCCUAGUUUAUAAAGUCCUAUGCUCAGUAAAGAAUUCACUCACAAUAUUCUCUGAACACCCUGUAGUUUCAGUUCCAUGGGUAGAUAUGAAUCUUGCAAUUGGUUCGUAAUAUUCAAUUGGUCAAUAUAAUUCAUCUAAGAACACCUUAGAAGCCUCCAUAUCUUUUGUAUUUUGUCCAACAAAAAAAAUCUUGUGUAAAUCACAGCAAUCUGUUUUAAUUUUUACCGUAUUUUUAUGACACAUUUAUUUGACUACUAUAAAUGGAUUAUAAAUAUUGUUUAUGCAUAAAUAAGUAAAUAAAAGUACCAGACAACAGUUGCCCAUGGGAAAAAAAUAGCACUAUUAGAAUUUAUGUUGGAGAUUUGUGUUUUAUAACAGAGUAAGAAAGACAGGCCAUUGAAAACCAAAAAAAAAAAACUAAAAACUUGGAGAAAGCAACAAGUCUUGUUUUACUGUACAAAAUUGAAG